AUGUCUUCAAAGUCAAGACAAAAACAACAAAACUCCAAAACUCUUUCUGCUUCUGAUGAAGAAAUCAAAUACAGGAGAAAAUAUAAAGAACUUAAAAAAAAAAUACAUGAAAUGGAAGAGUUGAUAGGAGCAAAAAAAAGCAUACAACGAUUGAAGAUAGAAAGAAGUUUUCUAGUGGAUCGUUUAGAGCAAUCACAACAACAAAUCAAUAACGAAUCUGAGUCAGAGACCUCAUCAUCUCCACAAAGAGCAAUGGAAUCAGAUGAUGAAUUAUCUUCGUCACAAGAAGAAUUGCUUGAAGAUUCACAUGUAGGGAAACGUAAAAAACAAGUUAAAGAUCCAAAUGCACCUAAAAGACCACGUAACGCAUUCUUGAUAUAUUGUCAGAAUCAACGUGAACAAGCAAGAGAAGAAAAUCAAAACAACAAAGAAUUUCAAGGUGUUACUAGAAUUUUAAGUCGGAAAUGGAAGGAUUUGCCAGAAAAUGAAAGAAAAGUUUAUUUUGAAAUGUAUGGCAAAGAAAAAUUACGUUAUGAAAAAGAAAUGUCUAGUUAUGUUGGAGCUUCGUCAAAUAAUUAUAUCGGCCCUGAGGAUUCGCAAAGAAAUCAAAAUAUAUCAAUAAUGACGAUAGAAGAUGUCAAUAUCAAUAAUGUUACCAAUAGUGUUAAUGAACAUUCUAUUUGUUACGAUGAUCAAGCAAAUGCUGAACAACAACAAAUUUCUUCAAAAAACGCCUAUAAUCAUUACAAUUGUCAAGAAGAAAAGUAUCAAGGUGGAGUUGAUGCAUGUGCCACAGAGCCGGGAGCCAAUGAUAUAAAAGACCACCUAAUGAUGAUGACGAUCAAAGCGAACGGAUAUGAAGAAGACGCUUCAAAUUCUUCUGGUAAUGAAAGAAUGUUUGAUGAAUUAGCAGCGGACAUACCAUAUAAUAGAUUUGAUAUUAUUCAACAGAGUUCCACUGAUCAAUCUAACAAUGAUGCUGGAAAUUGGUUAAAAAAGACAGCUGAAUUAAUUGUUGAAGGUGGUUGUAAUUUAGAAGGAUAUGAUAGACACGAUGCACACAAUUUGUUGUCAGAAAAUGAAGAUUAA